CCUCCCUUUACUGUGAGCGUCGACCAGAGAACGAGCAAUGGCUGCGACUACGCCCAAGAAAGGUCUCUCCCAGGUGUCCCUUAUUUUUGCCUGCGGGACUGCUCUGUUUUCGGACGGGUACGCCAAUGGGAUCAUCGGAAGUGUGAACACACUCCUCAAACGCACAUACGGCGCGGACGAGGUGUCCAAACAUAACUACAGCAAUAUCGUCAAUAGUACAGCAUUCGCCGGCACAAUCGUCGGAAUGCUUACCUUCGGCUACUUGUCUGACCGCUUUGGACGCAAAUCUGGCAUGAUGACCGCUGCCGCCAUUGUCGCAUUAUUCUCUGGUCUCUCCGCUGCGUCCAGCGGUGCACAUCACAGCAUCGGCGGCCUCCUUUCCAUGUUGAGCGCGAUGCGUUUCCUCCUCGGGAUUGGUAUUGGCGCGGAAUAUCCUUGCGGGUCUGUCGCUGCCUCUGAGCAGUCAGAAGAGCCUGGGAUCGGAAAGAACGCGCAGCAUCGGUGGUUCGCACUGGCCACGAACACGAUGAUCGAUUUCGGCUUCGUCGUCGCGGCCUUUGUCCCCCUCGUGCUCUACUGGAUUUUCGGCGAGCACCAUCUCCGCGCCGUGUGGCGCCUCUCGCUUGGCCUCGGCGUCAUCCCUGCUGUAGCUGUCUUCAUCUGGCGACUGAACAUGCAAGAGCCGACGCGCUUCCGCAAGGACUCGAUGGCCCGCGCGCGCACGCCAUACUGGUUGAUCAUUAAGCGCUACUGGCGGAAUCUCUUCGCGAUUUGCAUAACGUGGUUCAUCUACGAUUUCAUCACCUACCCGUUCAGCAUCUACUCGUCGACCGUUGUGGACACGAUCACGGGCAACUCCUCUGCGCUCAGCAUCGUGUUUGGCUGGAAUACCGUUAUCAACCUGUUCUACAUGCCAGGAACCAUCGGCGGCGCCCUCCUGGUCGACUACCUCGGCCCCAAGCACACUAUGAUCCUCGGUCUCAUGGCUCAGGCUAUCAUUGGUUUCAUCAUGAGCGCCCUCUAUACGCAGCUGACUAAACAUAUUGCCGCGUUUGCCGUGCUCUACGGUAUCUUCUUGAGCUUCGGUGAAGUUGGCCCCGGCAACUGUCUUGGUAUGCUCGCCGCGAAGACGGGUCCUACCGCUAUCCGUGGUAAAUUCUACGGAAUUGCUGCAGCAAUCGGCAAGGUCGGCGCGUUUGUCGGUACCUAUGUGUUCCCGGAUAUCGUCAAUGACUUCCAGAGCAGAUACGGAGGCAACAACCCGAACAUUGGCAACACUGGACCCUUCUGGAUCGCCAGUGGUUUGGCCGUCCUGAGUGCAUUCAUCACCCUUGUGCUGAUCAAGCCCCUCACUCACGACGGCAUGGCUGAGGAAGACCGCCUGUUCCGCGAGUACCUCGAGGCCAACGGCUACGACACCUCGCAGAUGGGUCUCGGCCUCACCGACGAAUCCACCACCUUUUCCGACGGCGACGCAUCAGAGAAGGACGGUGCAAGCGAAAAGGUCGCGGCAGUCUGAAAUGUAUCCGGUACGCUGCACUGCAGUGCCCGCGCCCUGCGCUUGCGGCCCUACGAUACCCAUGUGUUAUAAUGCCGACCCGCCGGGGCCGAUUGAGAUCUAUCUAACUUACUGGGAGCCGGUGUAUUCUUCUUAGGCACGACCGUCACGACGCUUUGCUGUUAUGUGAGUCCGGGUUCUUUGUCGUCGAUGCUCACGAUGUAGCCGAAUAUCCACGCACGUAUCAAUCGAUAUCCUAGUCAUGUAAUGUCUUGAAUGAGGAACUUAGAACGACCGUGUUGAAUCUAGAAUGCGGUUGAUCCGAGUCU